UGCCAUGUCCUUUUUAGAUCCUAAAUACCCGAAUCCAAUCCGGACCCGAUAUGGACCCGAAAAAUUACAGAUAUUUUAUGGGUAUUUUAAUUAUAGACCCGAACCGAUUCCGACCCGAACCCGACCCGAAAAUUUCUAAGUACCUAUUGGGUCUAAAUAUUUAGGACCCGAAAGACCCGGACAUGAAAGGAACCGGCCCAAACCCGACCCGAAGACCCGAACGCCCAGCCUAGCUAGAACAACGAGAACAGUUGUAAAUAACUAAAUGCCACGAUUCUACUUUUCAUGAUCGUUAUGAAUAUAUACUGUCUUAUAUUUUUAUAUACAAGUGAAAAGAUAAAUAAGGUCUAGGAAAGAAAACUGUAUAACAAACAGUCAAAUACAGUAAAAACUCUGCAUGAAACUUGGUGUCUAACGUUAACCAACUCUUGUUACUAACAAAGCUACUUCUCUUAAUCGUAAGCCAAACAAAGAUAAGAUGAAAAUUUAUUACACAAUACACGUAAUCCAACCCCUAAUUAUAGUGUCAUUAUAUUAUCUAUUUAAAGGAUCGGAUCACAAAGUGAAUCCCAUUUUCAAAUUAAGCCACAACAUUCCUUGCUUCCUUUCUUCUAAGCACAAAAGCAAAAACAAAAAUGGCAGGAGGAGCUUUUGUGUCAGAAGGAGGAAAUGGUGGAAGAGAUUAUGAAGGAGGAGUCACAGUUUUCGUUGUCAUAACAUGUAUGGUUGCGGCCAUGGGAGGUCUCCUCUUUGGUUAUGACCUUGGAAUCUCAGGAGGUGUGACCUCAAUGGAUGAGUUUCUUAGCAAGUUCUUCCCACAAUUAGAGAAGCAAAGGGUAAAGGCGAAGCACGAGACGGCUUACUGCAAAUUUGAUGACCAAAAGCUCCAAUUGUUUACUUCUUCUCUCUACUUAGCAGCUUUGGUAGCUUCCUUUGUGGCUUCGGUUGUUACUAGGAAGUAUGGACGAAAGGUUUCCAUGUUUACCGGUGGACUUGCUUUCCUCACCGGUGCACUGAUCAACGCCUUUGCCAUUAAUGUCACAAUGCUCAUCAUCGGUAGACUUUUGCUCGGUGUAGGUGUGGGAUUUGCUAAUCAGUCAACUCCGGUUUACCUCUCGGAAAUGGCUCCAGCAAAGAUAAGAGGAGCGCUAAACAUUUGUUUCCAGGUGGCUAUUACGUCUGGAAUCUUGGUGGCGAAUCUGAUCAACUAUGGAACAUCUAAUAUGGCUAAAAAUGGGUGGAGGGUUUCUUUAGGUUUAGCAGCUGUUCCAGCAAUUCUUAUGGUGAUCGGAUCAUUCUUUUUGCCCGAUACACCAAACUCAAUGCUUGAGAGAGGCAAAUACGAGGAAGCAAAACAAAUGUUGAAGAAAGUACGAGGAACGGAAAACGUUGACCAUGAGUUUCAAGAUAUACGCGAUGCAUGUCAAGCUGCUAAAAAGGUAGAACAUCCAUGGAAAAACAUCAGGCAGAGCAAAUACAGACCGGCUUUAGUCUUCUGCUCGGCCAUUCCCUUUUUCCAGCAGAUUACUGGAAUUAAUGUCAUUAUGUUCUACGCUCCUGUUCUCUUCAAGACUCUUGGUUUUGGAGAUGAUGCUGCUCUUAUGUCGGCUGUAAUAACCGGUGUAGUUAACGUGCUCGCGACCUUUGUCUCCCUAUACUCGGUUGAUAGAUUUGGAAGAAGGUUUCUUUUCCUUGAAGGUGGCAUUCAAAUGUUCAUAUGUCAGAUUCUUGUUGGUUCAUUUAUCGGUUUAAAAUUCGGAACCACGGGAACCGGAACCUUGACACCCGCAACAGCAGACUGGAUUCUUGUUUUCAUAUGUGUGUACGUUGCGGGAUUUGCAUGGUCAUGGGGUCCAUUGGGUUGGUUAGUACCCAGUGAGAUAUGUCCAUUGGAAAUCAGACCAGCUGGACAAGCCAUCAACGUCUCAGUCAACAUGUUCUUCACUUUCCUCAUCGGUCAAUUCUUCUUGACAAUGCUUUGUCACAUGAAGUUUGGUCUCUUCUACUUCUUUGCAGGCAUGGUUGCCAUCAUGACCAUCUUCAUCUACUUUUUGUUUCCGGAGACUAGAGGUGUUCCCAUUGAAGAGAUGGGAAGAGUUUGGAAGCAACAUUGGUUCUGGAAAAAUUACAUUCCAGAUGAUGCAGUUAUUGGUGGAAAUGAUGAAAACUAAACAAAUUCGUUUUAAGUGGAAUUAGUUUGGGCAUAUAUGUUUCUCAAUUCCGGGUUGUUGCGCUAGUCUUAAUUUUUUAUUAUAUCAUUUCCUCUACUAAUUUUACUCAUUCUCCUACGCUCGUUUUACCCAAUCACACUCUAUAUGUUUAUGGUUUAGGAUUCCUCGAAGUUGAAUACUAACAAUGAAACCAUAAAUCAAAAUCCUAUUAAAUAUACCCUAAACAGUAUUCCAUAAAAGAUAAAUCUAAACCCUAAGCUCUAGAUCCUAACAGAAUAAUCAGUAAACCCCCAUAAACAUAACUAAGAAAGCAUAAACUCAAACACUAUCAUGAAUCCUAAACCCAAAGAAAUAAUCCCUAAACCAUAAACAAGAUAAUUAUGCAGUUAUAUAUCCGACUAAUAUAAUCUGUAGAGGUUAGAAUAUAACAUUUCAAAGUACAUAUACUUUAAUAGCCAGAUUAUUAUCAAAUGACUGGUGAUGAAAAAUCAUAAACUUUAAAUCCUAAACU